GCUCCGCGCGCCGCUUCAUUGACCACCAACUCCAACACCAACACCAACAGCAUCUCGGAAGCUUGAUGACAAUCGUUCCGAAGCAAUCAUGGGAUCAAAGUCUCCGGAAGAUCAUCGUCAAGGCCCAGAUGGGUCCUCAGCAGACGGUGCGAUUGCCGUCAUCAACCCUCCCAAGCCAGCCGCCGCUAGUGGACUACUUCCAGGCGUUCUCGAAGGGCAGGAUGAAGAUGGGGACGACGACGAUGAUAUCGCGAAGCAUGGAGCUGACGUGAAGAACAACGAUGGCGCAAAGAAGAAAAGAAAGCGCAACAAGAAGAAGACCAAGAAAGUGUCACCAACACAGCAGACAGCGCCUCCAAGGGUGCCACUAGCUGAUCUAUACUUCCGCCAGAAAUACCCGCAAGGUCAGACUGUCGAGUAUGCCGUCAAGGAUGAAAACCUGCAGCGUACCACGGCUGGAGAGCUUCGCCAUCUGGCCGCUUUAGAUAACAUGAAUGACGGCUUCCUGGAGGACUAUCGUAAGGCUGCUGAGGUCCACCGCCAGGUGCGCCAGUACAUACAGACCAUCGCAAAGCCCGGCGUGUCUCUCACCCGCAUUGCCGAAGAGAUUGACGACAGUGUUCGUGCACUUGUCGGCCACCAGGGUCUCGAGAAUGGAGAUGGUCUCAAAGCUGGUCUCGCCUUCCCAACGGGGUUGUGUCUAAACAACAUCGGCGCACACUGGACUCCGAAUGCUGGAGCGAAGGAAGUCUUUCUUCAACACGACGACGUCCUCAAAGUCGAUUUCGGUGUACAUGUCAACGGCAGGAUCGUGGAUAGCGCUUUUACUGUGGCUGCCAAUCCGAUUUAUGACAACUUGCUGGCAUCUGUGAAGGCAGCUACCAACACGGGCUUGAAGGAAGCGGGAAUCGAUGCGAGGAUUGAUCAUAUCAGUGAGAUGAUCCAAGAGGUUAUGGAAAGUUACGAAGUGGAGCUCAAAGGGAAGACCAUUCCCGUGAAGGCGGUGCGCAACAUCACCGGCCAUAACAUCCUACGUUACCGCAUUCACGGCGACAAGCAAGUUCCGUUCGUCAAAACGAAGACCUCCCAACGUAUGGAAGAAGGCGACAUCUUCGCGAUCGAAACCUUCGGUAGCACCGGCAAAGCAUAUCUCCAUGACGACGUUGGUGUGUACGGUUAUGGACGCAAUGAGGGUGUCAGCGCUGCUGGCCUCCAUCAUUCAUCUGCGAGAUCCCUCUUGAAGACCAUAGAUGAGAACUUUGGCACUCUGGUCUUCGCCCGUCGUCAGCUUGAACGUUUGCCGGGUGUGGAGAAAUACCACCUCGGUAUGCGAACGCUAGUAAACAGUGGCAUCGUCCAGGCAUAUGCGCCGUUGGUGGACGUUCCCGGUUCGUUCAUCGCGCAGUUUGAGCAUACAGUAUUGCUGAGGCCUAGCUGCAAAGAGGUCGUCUCUCGGGGUGACGACUACUGAAGGAUGAUGCGUCUGAGGUAUACAUGACUUCAACAGUCGGUAUAAGAAUGCUCAGCGAAGGUGAUUCAACACACCUUAGCUCUGACUUUCCCUCUCUACUAGCUUAAUGCACCACGUUCGUUAAAAUCACUCGUCUGUUGACACUGUACUCCCGCGUACGAUAUUUACUCCAGUCCCAUAUGCAUAACGCAAUUACGUCACUGCAGCUCAUUCACACUGAGUUAUAAUGUCAAUACACUUAUGAAUUGGCCCCUAC